GGAUUCCAAUUAGCGGGUUAGACAUCCUAAUCCGAAUUUAAAUCGCACACGUGUAGAGAUUUUAAAGUGCAGUGAAUUGGCACUAGUUGGGAUGACUGACUUGUGGGCUUUCGCAGGGGUCUUAUCAUCUGGGGGCCUACAGGGUGCACACUGGCCCUGACAACCAGUAUUCAGCCAAGUGCAUGACGUAUGUUGAUGGAUUUGCACGGGAUCUUCCACUCUUGCCUAGGAGCAUAUUAUACCACUAUGGAGGAAAUAAUAAUUGACCACAACCAGCACCGCCGAAACUGGGUGAUCCCAGAGUUCGCUUUCUCCUUCGAGCUCUCUGAGGAAGCCGAAGAAUAUGCAAAACACCUGGCCACCUUGAACAUUCCAGAUCAAACGUUGUAUGAAGAAGCUCGGGAGAAGAACAUGGUUCUGGAUCAAAUGGAUUAUCCCCUAUCGGAUCCGGAGAAAGAGAAGUAUACUGAAAACAUUUGCGAGUUCCGGGAAAAUAUUUGUGUUAAGUACUGGACUGUUGAGGGGGCAAUAAGCUACGGUGUAUCAGAAGAACUUAGAACCAAGCAUGAACAGUCAUUGGCCGACAAGUUUUCGGCAAUCUCCUGGAUGUCAUCUUCCGUAAUGGCUAUCGGAUAUGCACUAAAGGAUCCAAAAAGCACAGACGGAAGAAAGAUAUUGGUAGCUAGGUAUUCUCCACCGGGAAAUCAACCUGGAAAGUACAAAGAAAACAUUAGAAAUACGGAAUUUAUAGACUAUUUUACCUUGGAUGCAGUUGAGGAGCCUGAAAUAGAGAUACCUUCAAAGACCUCGGAAGGAUCGAGGGAUGGUGGUUUCUGGGAAAACAGAUUUUUCAUAAUUCCAUUGGUCCUUAUAAUAUUGUGUUCUAGGCUUACUUUCUAAAUUUGCAAACCCAUAAAAAGUUCAAGACCAAUGAAUAGUAUAUAAUAUUUAAAAUUUCAA